AUGGAGGAGCUGAAGAUUGCCCGCAUCGACGUCUUCCAAGUAGACUUGCCUUACAGAGGCGGAGUCUACCGCCUGUCCGGAGGCAGAGAGUACAAAAGUUUCGAUGCCACCAUCGUCCGAAUCACCACCCAAAAUGGUAUCGAGGGCUGGGGAGAAAGCACACCAUUCGGCUCCAACUGGAUUGCAUCCCACGCCCUCGGCGUCCGGGCAGGCAUCGCUGAAAUCGCACCCAAAUUAAUCGGCUUAGACCCUCGAAGAGUCGAUCGCGUCUACGAUGCCAUGGACGCGGCCCUGAUCGGCCACUCUCACGCGAAGACAGCUAUCGAUGUGGCUUGCUGGGACAUAUUUGGCAAGGCCACUGGACUUCCCGUAUGCGAGCUUCUCGGGGGCCGCACGGAUGUGAAAAUGCCAAUCAUCGAUUCGUGCCCAGUCACCGGUCCAGCCGAGACGCGUCAGCAGGUUGAAGCAUUCCGAGCUGAGGGAUACACGGGACAUUCUCUCAAAGUAGGCGACGACCCUACGAUUGACGCUGAACGAAUCACGGCGGCUCUAGCAGACAAGAAACCGGGCGAGUUCUUCAUCGUCGAUGCCAACGGAGGAAUGACUGUUGAGAGCGCUCUCCGGAUGCUGAGGCAGCUCCCUCCCGGUCUUGAUUUCGUUCUGGAAGCCCCGUGCGCUACGUGGAGAGAAACGCUUGCUCUCCGACGCCGGACUGACGUGCCGAUAUUCCUCGAUGAGCUGGCUGUUGGCGAUGAAUCCAUCAUCCAGAUCAUCGCCGACGAUGCGGCGGAUGGCAUUGGACUGAAGAUCUCCAAGAAUGGCGGCCUGACCAAGGGGCGCCGCCACCGCGACAUCUGCGUCGCCGCGGGCCUGACUAUCAGCGUCCAGGAGACGGCUGGGUCGGAGAUUGCCUUGUCUGCCAUCGUUCAUCUAGGACAGACUAUCCCCGAGCGGAACCUGCGUACCAUUUUGGACACGCGGAGUGUUGUGAACCUCACGACGGCUGAUGUGGACUUUAAAGUCGUUGAUGGACGUAUCAGUGCGCCUACUACGCCAGGCUUGGGUGUGAGACCUCGUUUGGAUGUGUUGGGAGAUCCUGUAGCUAGCUACUAUUAA